GCGCGGGGCCGCGCUCAGCGACCGCUGCUAGCCGGCCCCAAACCCGCUUUGGCCGCCUGGUUCUGAAUUCGGGUCAAGCCCCGGGGGAACGGGGACAGACGACGCCGUGCUCCGGAACGCACUCCUCCUGUCCCGCCUGGCAGGCUAGGGCACAGCGGGGACGGACCCGGAGGCCCCCCACACGGGCUAAGCCCAGCCGUCCCCUCACGGCUCGCAGCUGCAAUGAGCAGCCGUGGCACCCCGCGCUGGCCGGGCAGCCCUCAGGCUCCGUGUCCCGGCACCGCGUCCCCGGCCGGUCACAGCCGCUGGCAGCGCCUGAGGGCCGGCCUCCUUCACAGCUCAGCCCUCGCAACUGCCUCGCCCCGGCUGCUGCAGGUCCAAAGAGGGAUGGCCUGGGACUCCUUGUGCAGCCAGGACUUACGACGGCCUAGGAUAAGAAGUGCCUCCAGCUGGACAUCUGGCAGUGGGAGCAGCACUGGGACACCAUCCCUGGAGGAGCUGCGGCGCCUGCUCUGCACACGCACACACCCCACAGGGCAUGUGGAUGAAGUCUGGCCAAACCUUUAUGUGGGAGACCUGUAUGUUGCUCGUGAUAAGGCACAGCUGAGCCGCAUGGGCAUCUCCCACGUUGUGAAUGCUGCUGCCGGGAGAUUUCGCAUCAACACUGGGCCCAAGUUCUACAGUGACUUGCCUGUGGAUUACUACGGAGUAGAAGCAGAGGACAACCCAAACUUUGAUCUCAGCAUUCACUUCUAUCCAGUUGCUCAGUACAUCCGAGCAGCACUGAAUUCCCCAAGAGGCAAAGUACUGGUUCACUGUGCAAUGGGAAUCAGUCGAUCUGCAACUCUUGUCCUCGCUUUCUUAAUGAUCUGUGAAGGUAUGUCCCUCACGGCUGCCAUUCAGACUGUGCGCUCCCACAGAGGGAUCUGCCCCAACUCCGGCUUCCUCCAGCAGCUUCGGGAGUUGGACCUCAAGUUAGGAAGGAGCACAGGCAGAGGAACAGAGGCCUGCUAGUGCCAAGAAGCUGUGUCUCCUGGUGCCAGCCCAAGAGAUGCUGCCCUCACUGAAGAGUGCAAGGAUGCUGUCAGGACUGCUCUGUAGCUGUAUGGAGGAACUGGGGAAAGGCUGAGCAUGAGCAAACUGUUAGGAGCUGUUAGGCAUGUAUUUUUUGCAUAAGCCCACUAACUGGAAAGAAAGUGAAAUAAAGAAGUAUUCAAACUGGCA